UAAGCCGAGCAAGCGACCACAAGAGACAUGACGUCGACGUACCGGGUGCGCACCGUCCCGACGCGCACAGUGACCACCGUGCGCCGUCAGGUGAUCGACGACGACGGCGACUUCUUCGACUUCCCAAAGGCCCGCGCGGGCGCCUCAGAGUUCACGACGGUACGCCACAGGGUCACGCCAGGCGGAGGUGUCGUGACCACGACCACGACGACAACCACGACCCCGAGGCGCGUCAUCCGCGACGUCAGUCUCGACGGCAUGGACGCCGACCCGUUCUUCGCGCGCGACGUCUCCAGGCCCUCCCGGACCAAGGAUCUCGAGGAGUUCAAGGUGUCCUUCGACAUCGGCCUGCACUUCAAGCCGGACGACCUGUCGGUGAAGACGCGCGCCGGCAUGGUCUUCAUCACGGCCAAGCGCACCGACGGCAACAUCACCCGCGAGUUCGACCGCAAGGUGCCGCUGCCCGACGGCGUUGACCCGCUCACCGUGCGCGCCCUGCUCAGCCCCACUGGCGUGCUGACCAUCAGGUCUCCGCGAAACCUGUCAUCGCGAUACACCUCGAACAUCUACGAGCGUCACGUGCCGGUCCGCAUGAGUCUGUACUAGAGAGGGCGAAAGGAAGAGAACAGAACUCGCGCCGGCAUGUGCUCAAGUUACAGAAAGCAUAUACUUCGCUUAUGCAGAACAAGCAAGCGUCAGUCAGCUAUGCCUACUAGUGUUUCAGAUUUCGGAGAAUACUAUAAAUCUGAAUUAUGCUAGGGAGGCUUUUAAUUCGGCUUCACCAGGCCUCUAUUAUUGCCCCUCCAUCACUGUUGUUUCCUAGUCAGAACGAAGGUACAAACAUAUACUACAUGGCGAAUAGUGCUCGAUGACUGCAGAGCAACUGUCAAAACGUGAAGAGGAUCGAAACAUUCUUUGCUGUUUGUGCCGUUUAUUACAUUUUUUGCUGUUUUCGCAUUGAAGACAAGCUUAUAAAAAUCCGCCCGUGCCUGUAAUAUGUGGACAAGUACAGCACCUGCUUUCAAGAAUGCCAGGUUUAAUUCAAUAUUCUG